AUGCCUAGCAAGGAGCCCGAGAAGGGAGACAAAGUCAGCUGGAACUGGGGAGGUGGUGCUCCAGGUGGCACCGUAGCUGAGACGAAGCACCAAGGCGAGGUCGCGAUCAAGUCCAAGCGCGGCAACACCAUCAAAAAGAACGCCGAGCCGAACAACCCCGCCGUCCAUAUCUCUCGGUCUGGAAAUGAUGUCGUCAAGAAGGCGUCCGAGCUGAAGAUCGACAAGAAAAACUCUGGCGGGUCGUCUGGUGGAGGGAAGCAGAAACAGAACGGCGACUUGAAGAGUCAGAAGGAUGACCAAAAGACAGAGAACAAAACUGCGGGAAAGCGCAAGGCAUCGAGCCAAGAGGCUGAUGAUUCCAAAGCCAACGGUCAUCACAAGACGAAUGCCGACGGUAAGGAGGUGAGGAAUGGAGGCAAGUUCGAGAACAAUCACAAGAAACAGAAGAGUGAGAAAGACUCAUCUGCUUCCAAGUCGACAUCUACCAAGAGUUCGAAACAAUCCAAAGAGAAGUCGACUGGGUCAUCCAACAAACAGCAAGGUGACACUGUUAGCAGCCGUACUCGGAGCCACGGUUAG